AUGCAGCCGCAGAUAGACGUGGAGGAGGAUGUGGACGACGAUGUUAGCAGCGACGAGGACGACGUGCCGGACCUGGACGAGGGCGGCGAGGAGGGCGGCGCCCGCGGCAAGCAGAGCCGCUCAGAGAAGAAGAGCCGCAAGGCCAUGCAGAAGCUGGGCAUGAAGCCUGUGCCCGGCGUGAUGCGCGUGCAGAUCAGGAAGAGCAAGAACAUCCUGUUUGUGAUCAACAAGCCAGACGUGUACAAGAGCCCCUCCUCCGACACCUAUGUCAUCUUUGGCGAGGCCAAGAUCGAGGACCUGAGCGCCCAGGCAGCCGGCGCAGCAGCAGAGCAGUUCCGGAUGGCCGAGGCCAUGGGCGGUGGUGGUGCGGGCCCAGCGCCCACGCGCGCCGCGGAGCCGGAGGAGGAAGAGGAGGAGGACGGCGAGGAGGUGGACGAGAGUGGCGUGGAGUCCAAGGACAUUGAGCUGGUCAUGACGCAGGCGGGCGUCAGCCGCAGCAAGGCGGUUAAGGCGCUCAAAAACGCGGAUGGCGACAUUGUGUCUGCCAUUAUGGAGCUUACGAUGUAAGGCUGCAAGAAAAGGCAUCCCCGCGCAAAUCGGCCAUCCAACAUUAGGAGGGCCGGUCCGCGCAGCAGGGGCGGCCAGCUGGGCAGGGCGCCCUCUGGCCGCCACAGCCCCUGCACCGCUUCACCCAUGUAACACAAACUUGCAG